CACUCUAAAGAACCUUAUCACUGACGAUGUUAACCGACCUAUUUUAAGAGCCCGAUUUCAGCUUAACAUUGGUAACAAUGUACGACAACUAAAAUUGUACAUAUAUUCACGAUGUUGACAAACGUCAUUUAGAAUUUUUUGUACCAAGUAUUUGAAAAAGUUUUGUAAAGUUUGUUCUUCAAGUGUUUAAUCAUGUUUACAAGUGCUUUUCACAUACUUUGCUAUCGCGAUAAAUAUUUUGUGAGAAGGUUCCAAGCUCACUUUGAGUCUGCACUUUGUUCUCGACGUUUGUUUUGGAUAAUAAACUUCUCUAACAAAUGGCUCCACAUACGGGUUCAGCUACUCCAGAGCAAAUUGACGUACUUCUCAAUUUCUUGGACGAGCAUAGGGAUCUUGCUCGUGGAAGAUUGAGGGGUGCCGAUGGCAAUGUCCAAACUAAGAGACUGUGGCAAGAAUUGUGCAAUUCACUCAAUUCUAUGGGUGGUUGUACAAAAACAAUCCAGCAGUGGCAAAAAGUUUGGUUCGAUAGAAAACAUCUUGCCAAAAAAGCUGCUGCUGAUUCUCGAAGAUCAACUUCAGCAACUGGAGGUGGACCAUCGCUCACACCACCACUCUCCCAAUGGCAGGUGAAGGUCCUGUCAAUAAUGGGAGAUGGGUUUGGUGGACGUCAAACUACAGCCAGAGUACCGGCCUUCAGUGAGGCUAAUGUACCAUCCACCUCCAGUCAUGUCCCACCACAGUCUCAAUUAAGUUUGGAUUUGCCAGAAGUAAUGGAGUAUGUUGUACCCAGUCAGGAGGAUAUUCAGUCCACACAGCUGAUGUCUCAAUCUCAGACUCCCAGAAGUUCCUCACAACCUGCACGAUCUAGAAGGAGACAAUCGGCUACUGGCUCAGAUGUCAGGAGGAGAUUGUUUCAAUUGGAAGAAGAGCGUGCAGGCAGAGAGACAGCUUUGAACACUGAGCUUGCAGGCAUCAGGGUUGCCCUGGAACAGCUGUGUGGACUGAUGAGAAAAUUUUUAGAAAAAUAA